UUGCCCUGCCACUCGACACCCACUGGUUAUUCCAAUGUGAGCUAGCUAGCUGUGUUGCUGCUCAGUUUGGCCACACCGACUUCUGCGUCUAUUUUGGUAUCUUCUGAGCUGGCUAUCAGGACCCCGGCCACUCCACUACAUUUGAACAUGGAUCUGAGUGCUUGACUCACUUUGCAGGUGUUCCGACACUGGAUUCUACUUUGGAGGAUUUGCGUUUGAUACCACAGUCUAGAUUGGACGGUUACCAUCAGCAUGAACGACUCAUCACCAAGAAAGUUGACAUAUCCCACCACUCCCCCAAUGUUAACCUGAGCUGGACGAAAACCAAAGGAUCUACAGAGCUGCAGGAGCUGUAGGGGCCGCAGGACAGGUGAUGAAUGAGACAGAACGAAGGUUGUUGGCAUCAUGACCUGUGUGGAUAAGCGGCACGUGAGCCAUCGGACGGGGAGCAUGCUCCACCAUCGCUUCCCAAAUGGCUUCACCGACUUGUUCAUGGACGAGACCGAUCGAGAGGUCAGCACUCUCACCGAUCGGGCCUUUCGAAGCCUCUGCGUUGGAGAUGACGCGGUUUACAAUGACGAGUUAUUGUAUGGAUUCUCACCUUUCAGCUGCCACAAACCUUUGGUGGGGGAUCCUCAUAAAAAGAGUCAUCCCAAGGAACCUACAAAGCAAGAGCAAAACAAAACUGCCCAGCCAUGGAAACAGCAGCAACAGAAGAACAUAUCCAACAUGUCGUCUUUCCUCAAGGCAUUAAGUGCAACAGAGGGAAGCUGUGAUGGGAUGUUGAUCAACAAUGGAGGUUUGACUGACACUAAGGGGGAAUCGUGGGAUAAGUCUGCACUUCGCAGCAUACAGAGAGAGUUAUCGGAUUUCUCCACGGAUUAUCACAGCAAUUUUCCAGAUGGACAUAACAAGACGCGUCAGUCUGGAGAUGGAUCAUCUAACAAAACAAGCAAGGAUGCUAGCCUGUACUCAAAGAGCAAAAAUGGGAAGUCUACUGUCAAAGUAAGGAAACUUAACAUCAAGAACUUUUUCCUCCACAGCGAGUUUAGCCCUUUUCAAGCUUGGAGGGAUUUGAACCAGUUCCCUUUUGGCCAAGAGGACACUUCUAUUCUCCCCACAGACAAUGUCCCAAAAUGGUGCGACCUGUCUUUUUACAAGGAGCUCACAGAGGCCCACAGAAAAGACACUCUGCAUGAAGAGGAGGUGCAGUCAUGCCAUAAAGCAGCCCCGGACCCCCCUCCUCCCACUGCUCCUAAACCCAUCCCUCCCCCUCCUCCUCCAAAAGUCCUGCCAAAGCCUGCAGCCACUCCUGCUGGGAAGAGGUGCUCAUCAGAAGGAGGGGAGGGGUGUACUGCCCCCUGGAGGCGAAACAGAUCCAGGGCAACGAGUGUGAUUCCAGGCAACCAGCUUGGGCCACCCAUCCAAGAAAACAGCUUAAAAACAUUGGAGGAAAGUCUUUGGUUGGCAAAGAAAGAAGCUAGAUAUGUGGAGGUGAAAGCAAUUGAGGAAGUCAGCUCUUUGGCGUCUACUCCGUUCAGCAUCUGCCAGCUGAUGACUCCCUUUAUUCCCUCCAGACAAGCUACAGAAACAUCAGAAAUCCUUCAAAUGGUCCUCUCGCCAUCUGCACUAGACCUCCCACUGAGACCGCACUCCGAGGCCAAAAUGACCCCUGAACCUGCAGUCAAACGGGACAGCUACAAAUCACUCGCCUCGAGCAUCCUCUUCAACCUCAAAGACAACAGGAAAAGGGUGAAAAGCCGUUACAGCCCUCCUAAAUUCAAAACAUUAGAAGUGCCUGAGAGUGGCACCCAAUCCCCACGCUCUGAUAUUCUGAGAUAUCCACAAGCUGGCUCUGAGGGUUACGCGUCAGGAUUAAGCACUCCUGCCAUUUUCAAAGAUGGACUGACAGUCUGCACUCCCGUUUUGGAAUCUAACAGCACCCCAAUAGUUGGUCAUACUAAGCAAGAUGCAGAUGGACCUCUUUCAGACGAUUAUUUGUUAGCAAAUCUACUGCAAAACAAAAAGGAGGCAUCAGGUGGUCUUGGUGAGGAUAACCCAAUAUCCCCCUUUAUACAAUCAAAAAGGAGUCCCAAAGCUAAAAAGCAAAACUAUCCGUCUCUGAAUUUGUACAAGAAAGCCAACCCUAUUGACAGUGAUGUGAAAUAUCUUGUAUUCCCUCCGAGCCCUGGUGCUCCACUUCACACAGACGACCCAAGUGAGACGAAUCACCUUUCACCACUCUCGCUAAACGAAGGGCUCUUUCCAAAAGCACUGCCAACAAACACAGGGCUUUCACCGAAUACUUUAAAUGUCAACAAAGAUCGUUCACCUAAAGUUUCCCCUCUUGCACUUGAGAAAGAGGGGUUGUCGUCAAAUGCAUCAGUAGGGAAAAGAACACCAAAUGUACCAGAAAAAGCCAAACGACCUGCAAAGGACAUCAAAGAAAGCUCUAAAGAAAAGGUUUCUAGUAGCCAACUCAGUACAAAGGAUGUGAUCAGAGCAGCAAGGGAAGCAAUUCAUGCAGCCAAAAAUAAAGCUCUAUCUUCAGCUCAGUCAGAUAGCAUCAAUAAGCCUGUUUCAGAUACAGAAGAACUGAGGGAGAGAGACAUGGAUAGGAGGUCCUAUUCUAAAGAAAUGUUCAGCCGCAACAGAGAAAGUUCAGUACCAGAAAACAGCAAUGUUUUAUCUCAAAGUAGAAAUGAAACAACACCGGUAGACAUCGUCAAAAAAGAGCCCCCGCCAGUUCCAAAGAGAAACUUUGCUAUAUCUGAUAUCCAACUCUCUCUUGACAACCAGCUAACAUAUAACGUUGACAGGCUCACUAAUGGACAUGCAGGUGAUGCAAAAUUAGAUUUUAAUGAAAAGGAAACAAUCGAGAAACAGCGUAAACCCAAACAUGUAUUCUCAGCUAGACAAAACAACUACAUCAAAAAUCAAAGAUAUGCGGUGAGUGAUGAAGAACAAGGAGGGGAGUUUGAGGAAAGGAAUCUGAAAGUGAACAAUGGGAGGGAAGUGGAGGACGAAGCCAUUUCACCCAGAGAAAUGAGGGACAGCGAGCAUAUUAUUAGUGACUUGCAUGCUUUGAAAGAGCUGGGGAAAGUAAGGCUUGGCGAUCGUGUUCUGGAGAACGCAAAGAAGAAAUUAAGUGCCUUUAAAUUAGAUGAGGAGACGAAAACUAAGAAUGAUUUGAUUUCAAGGGAGCUAAGAAAUAUUAAGAAGGGUAUGCUGUCUAUGAGAGGUAACACGAUGUCUAAGAGAGACAUCUUUUCACAGAAAGAAAAGUAUCAAGGCAAGGAAGAAACGUUCACAAAGAUUGACAAUAACGUCAAAGUAAACAAAGUACUUGUAAAUGACAAUUAUGACAGAGCAAAAAUGGCACUCGAAGAGAUUAUUUCAGACAGGCAGAAGAGAAAAUAUAGACCCACAGAACAAAAUGCAAAUCCAAUGUUUGAUGAGGACGCUGAGGAAAGUUAUGGAACAAGGGCAGAGCUACGUAAACAAGCAACGAACGAAUCUACGACAGAGGUGACAGAAAAACAAAAUGGCAGCACUGUUGCACUAAAAGAGAGGUUAGGUGAUCUCAGAGACCACAAUAACAUGAGACAGAUCCUUUCUCAAACAGAACCAGGACUCAGUGAGAGUCACAGAUCAGGUGGUAGGUUUGCUCUACCUGGCAUCGAAACAAUUGAAGACCCUAGCUACGAAUCAGAAGAGGUGAAUUUGAGAGACAUUUCGAGACAGAUAUCUGAAGAGAGUGGAGAUAGUCUGAUGAGCAACAAUGAAGGCAACAAGACAGAUGCUCCCCCUGUUCCUCCUAGAAUCAAAAAGGGAGGAAGUGUUACAAAGGACACGGAUAGUUUGAAAGACGUCUUCGACAAAGGUUUAAAGUAUGAAUAUGAAGAGGCACAAUUUAAUGAGCUGAGGAGUACAGGCUUGGUCAAACAAGAAGUAGACUUAUUCAAAAGAGAUCCUGUUCAAAGUGAAACUAGUCCUGUCAAAGAAAUGGAGGCAAUACACUUGCAAGUAGAUAUGAGUCCAACAAAGGACGCCACAUUUGAAAACAGAAAUGCCAGGGCACAGGAAAAACAAAAAGUUAAGCGAAAAGCUCCUUUAAGACCAGAUCAUUUAAACACACCGGGUGAUAACGUAACUAAUCAUUUAGUGGCAGUAGAACCUGAAACGACAAAUAGAGCUAGCGAGGAAACAAAUGGGCAUGCAGAGGCUAUUGGAGACAUUCCCAGGGAUAUAAUAUCACCCUUACUGCUUGUAAAUGGUGUUAGCAUCAAUCAGAGCCCACCUGAUCAAGGCAGCUUGUCUUCAAAGUCAUCUUACUUCUCUGUGGAGAGUGCACUGCACAGAAAUACGGAGACAGAGUCAAAUGUCUACCACUCUCUGGAGAACUUGAUCGGAGAGGAGGAUGAGGUUGAUGAAGACACUCGGGAUAUUCCACGAAACACAAAAGAAGAUUCGGAUAGGAUGGACUUGGAAUAUUAUUCUUUGAGUGAUCAUGAAAACGAGCCGGAGCUUGUAAAACCACAAACACAGUCUCCUCAAAAAGAGACAGAAGUACUGUUCAGCGACAGCAAGGAAAGAGACAUUACUACAGAAACCUUCGAUCAUGAUGGAAAUAAUCAGACCCCAAUGUCACCUUCCAAUAUUAUCUCACCAACGUUGGGGAUCCCUGCCCUAUUUAAGGUCAAAGACAACACUUUCACCAAUAAGAUGAGGUCAAAGACAGUUCAACCAUGGUCACCAAGAGGGAGUCUGAGUGGUUCAGAGAAGGGAGAGGAGGUACAUCAAGUAAACGACCAUCUAGACCUUCUUCUGGCUAAGGAACCUGACACCAGGGGCUGCACACCAAUACCAGAUGAAAUCUUCAAACCUGAAGAAAUUCAAUUACAGAUUUCAUCUCCCAUGCCGCUUUCUCCGUCAGAUCUACAAAGCGAAAGCCCACAGAAACCACAGGUUGGAGGGUUCCUCACCGUCCCACUGGAGGAGGACAGAUUGUCUGGGGUAAGUCCGUUGUCUGAAGGCGUGGAGAGCUUCUCAACCAGCGCAGCAGACACCGCUGAUGAGAUGGGAAUGAGCGCUUUGGUGUUGAAGCUUCCCAGCGAGCGGUCUGGGUCCACCUGCAGUGGAAGUGAAAGCCAAACAGGGUUGCCUAAACCACCAGUUGUCUUACCCAAAUCUGAAAAGGCUGUUCUCAAAGCCAUUAAGAUCGCAACUAGAAGAAUUAAGAAGGAGGAGGCGGCACAGAAGACCUCCCACAAGCCGUCUCAAAGCAGCAGCAAACACAGAGCGGAGAGACACAAGAGCGACAAAUCUGAGCACAAAAGCAGUAGCAAGAGCAGUGAGAGACCAAACAGAGAAAAGACUGAAGAUGGUCAUCGUCACAAUGAAAGUAACCACGGCAAACACAGUCAAGAUCAGAGUGAACAACCACCCCGUGAUAGAAGAGGCGACAGAAGUGAAAACCAUCAUCAAAAUCAAACAGACGUGCGCCAGAAGACUCGGAGACAGAGCCAUGAUGCUGUGGAAAGCAGUCGCCAGAACAAUGAAGCGCUUCCCAAUGUGGAAUCAGAAAGGCCAGGUCGCAGCAGCAAUAAGCACAUUCGAGAUAAACCAGAGCAAAGACACUACAGUAGUGAUAGGGUCAUCAGUAACGUACCUGUGUACAAAAGUCAGCAAAGCGAUAGACCCACGUCGGACAGGCCAUUCAACCGAUCCCAAAGCAUUGACAGGUACUUAGGGGGAAAAGUGGAGCGCAGGCUUAGCAACGACACGUCUAUGAACGAGAAGCUCGAUACGAGGACCCAACGCAUCGAAAAAUCCAUCAUGGACGAGCUUCAGCAGAGAGGGAGAGCCAAAGAAAAGCCGAGCAGAGAUAACCCAACCAGGAGGAGUCACAGUAUUGAUGUGUACCCCAACCCCGACCCCAACCCCAACCCUAACCCCAACCCCAUCCCCAACCCUAACCCUAACCCUAACCACAACCCCAACCCCAACCCUAACCCCAACCCCAAUCCCGCAAAUCUCUCGCGUCAAUCGAGCUACAGCAGCCACACCAGCCAGCUUUCUCGCCAGUCUAGCAUCGAGCACGCCAUUGUUACACAAUCCUUUCCAAUGACCCAACGUAAGCUCCUCCAGGACCCUGACACCGGGCAGUACUUCUUUGUAGACAUGCCCGUACAAGUCAAGACAAAAACCUUCUUUGAUCCAGAAACAGGAAGCUAUGUGCAGCUUCCAGUCCAGCCACCAGAGGGCGCUGUUCCUCAGGCUUCCACCUUGGAGGUUUUGACCCAGCCUAUGGUCGUUUACCACAGCUUCGUACCGGUGCCACUGUCUCCAAUGACUCAUGCAUCUACCAUCCAAGCCUCUCAUAUGGAGCCACGGAUGAGGCAAAUGCACUGUAAUGAGGGACAUCAAUAUUUAGAGCCUGUUUAUGGUCAACCCGACCACAUGUUAGGAGAGUUUCUAGGCACAGAGGAGCUUGACUGUCCAAGCUGAUAGGCCAUGAGAUAUGAAAGGAAAGAUCCACCCUCCGCUUAAGCUCUUUUGCCAAUACCUUUUGAACAGUUAAAGGGUGGAUUUCCUCCUUUAGGUUAAGUUUCUGAUCCUUGCAUUUCUUUUCUUGCCUUGAAUUACACGAGACAAAGAAGCUGUGCAGGCCCCGGUUGGUUUGUGAGGAUUUUGACUUGAUUGUGAACCGACAGAAUUGUAAAUUAUUUAUAGAUGUUGUCGUAUGCUGUUGUUUGAAUGCGAGUUUAAGGAUAAUGUGCAAUUUUUGACAAACAUACGGGACAUGGGUGAUCCAUGUACAUAAUGUAUUAAAAUGUAAACAGAGACGGAAAGCUUUUAUGUAAAUGUGGAGUAUUUAUUUUAAUUGCAACAGUUUUUUUGGGGUCUCCACCUCUUUUUGGUAUUUUGUUUUAUUACCUGCCUUGAGAUUUCCUUUUUCACCAGACAGUUUGCAGUCACUAAAGUUAUCAUUAGAGAUACUUGAGACAAACAGAACUGGCUCAACAAAUGAAUUUAACUGAUCAUGUCAGCACGACUAAACACUCAAAUCAUUUUGCAUGCUAAAGUUGAAAUUGCAGUUACAGUUGUGUUUGAUACAAAACUAUUUUUUUUGUUUAUAUUGCCUAAAAGCUUGAACUGGCAUUUGUGCAAUCAAUGUUUUUUAAUAUGCAGAAGACAUGACGGAGAAUUGGGAUUUGCACGUUUGUUGCAUUGGCAUUUUUCUAAACUAGAAUAAAGCAGGGCUGUAUUGUGUCUGUGAUCCAUUCCAAUAAAAACAACUGUUGUUACAGAG